AUGGCGAACUUAAAAGACCUUCGAUCGUUCAAGCAGGCGUCGCUGAACAUGGUCCUAGCCAUCAUCGUGAUGAGCGUCAGCGUCUUCAGCUUUGGAUUCGACAACAGUGUCUUUUCCACAAUUCAAGCAAUGGAUGCAUACGAAAAACGCUUCGGAACCUACAACCCCAAAACCAAAGAAUGGGGAUUCAGCACAGAGCACCUCUCCUUCCUCAACUCCCUCGGCCUCCCCGCAAAAUGCGUCGGAGCCCUCACCGGCCUACUCAUCGCAGAGCGCUUCGGACGAAGAAUCUCCUACUUGGGAAUGCAGAUCGUAGUCAUUGUCGGUAUUGCCGUCAGCUACAGCGCGACCACAUACGGAGGCGCGCUUGCCGGCCGUAUCAUCGUGCAAUGCUUCGUGGGCUGGGACAAUUUUCUCGUCCCAAUGUUCCUGGCUGAGAUUAGUCCCACAGCGCUGCGGGGUGCAAUUGUUGUCAUCUAUGUUUUUGCGCAUAUCUUGGGGUCGCUUAUUUGUUCAUUUGUUACGCUCGCGACGGCCAAGUAUGAGGGCGAUGCGUCGUGGCAGGUUCCGCUUGCGUCGAUGUUUGCGUUUCCUGCUUUUGUGCUAGCUUUUUAUUGGUUUAUUCCUGAGAGCCCGAGGUGGUUGGUGAGAAAGGGGAGGAACGAGAGUGCGCUGAUCCAUUUGCAGUGGCUGCGUGGAUCGCGGCUGUCGGAGGAUGAGUGUCGAGAGGAGAUUAACAUGUUGCAGCAUAGUGUUGAUCGGGAUCGGGAGGUCAAGGGUCAAUGGCCGGACUUUUUGAAGGGGCCGAAUAGGAGACGCCUUCGCAUCGCAAUCGCCGUCGCCAUCUUCAAUCAGGUCACGGGUCAGAGUUUCAUGAGCCAAUAUGGCGCAGUCUUCAUCAAGAGCUUGGGCACUAUGAGCCCGUUUGUCUUCAAAGCGAUUUCAUCCGCAAUUACCUGUCUCGGUCCCAUCAUAACCUUCACCUUUGUCGAUAUCAUCGGACGACGACUCUUCUAUCUUGUCUGCGGUACGGCAUGUACGACAGUACUACUGAUUUGUGGUGGACUUGGAACGGGUACCGUCUCGGCCUCGGACAAGACUGGCAUUGUCACUGUCUGUAUACUAUUCGGGUUCUUCUAUAUCAUGUCCUUUGGUGCUAUUGGCGCCGUGACAGCAGCCGAAGUCCCGCAUCUGCGACUCCGUGACAAGAAUGCCCUCAUGGUAUACUGCACCCAGUUCAUCUUCGACUUCAUUGUCACUUUGACCCUUCCCUAUCUGAUGGACGCGGGCGAGGCCAACCUGCAGUCAAGAGUGGGAUUCAUCUAUGGUGGCUGCGGGCUCCUCGGUCUUUGCUGGGCCUACUUCUGUCUUCCAGAUAUGACUGGCCGGUCCCUUGAGGAGUUGGAAGAGAUGUGGGCAGAGCGCGUGCCUGCUCGUGAGUUCCGCAAAUGGAAAUCUUCGGGGCGGAGGGAUACAGAAAACGAUACGCCCAAGAUUACAGAAGCUACCAAGGUCGACUCACAUUCCAGCUAG